UUUGAUCAUGUCCCCUGUUUCGCGCACAGUCUCCAGCGUUCUGUCACAGUAUCUCUGCAUAACAGUGCGUUUGACAAUAUCCUGGCCAAGUGCAGAAAGGUUGUGGGGCACUUUAAACAUAGUCCAGCAAGUGCAGCAGAAUUAGAGCAACAACAAGUUGAAAAUGGACAGAAGAAGGAGUCGCUAAUGCAGGACGUUCAAACCAGAUGGAAUUCUACUCUGGACAUGAUAAAAAGCAUCCGCAGAAACGAACAGCCACUGAGGGACGUCCUCACCACAAACACCAAGAUUGUCAUGCCAACUACAGCUGAAAUGGACAAACUGAAGAGGUUGGAAACUCUACUGGAGCCUUGCAGAUAUUUGACUGAACUUUUGGGAGGAGAAAAGUAUGUCUCCUGCUCUGUGGCUCUGCCUGCUUUUUGCCAUCUGUCCCGGGUGAUGGAGAGCUCAGAUGAUGACCCUGCCUACGUGACCAAGUUCAAGACUACAUUCAGAAACGACAUGGAGACACGCAAGGGAAAUGCCAACAUUGCAUAUCUGAGGAUUGCUACUGCAUUGGACCCUAGAUUCAAGGACCUCAAGUGUAUACCCAGAGUUGAAAGGAGUGAGGUGUGGGCCUCAGUCACCAACUUAGUCAAGAAACAGAGGGUUAUUGCAGAGAAACCUAGGGAAGAAAAAAACUCAGAGCCACCAAAGAAAAAGUUAACCCUAUUGGCUGUUUCAUCUGAGUCUGAUUCUGAACAGGAAGAAGACUCAAUUGAGAACAGCGUGUGUCAAUACAGAGCAGAGCCCGCCAUCAGUUCAGACUCCUGUCCAUUAGAGUGGUGGUCCAAACAUGCAGGCUCACACAGCAGGCUGGCCCCCUAUGCACAAAAGUACUUGGCCACACCGGCAACCUCUGUCCCCUGCGAAAGGUUGUUUUCUCUUGCUGGUCAUAUUGUCCAGAAGAAGAGAGCUUCUUUAUCAUCUGAAAAUGUAAAUAAUCUUGUGUGCCUUAGCAACUGGCUUAGUGCAGAGGAGUAAAACACAUCAAGUUUUAGGAAUCUACAAACUGCACUGAAAGUGUUUUCUGGUUCUUUUAUGAACAAAGGGAAUCCAGUAUAAACAUGGACUUUACAGACUAGUCCUGCACAGUUAAUGCAAGCAGUGACUUUUUUGGUGCAUCACCACACUCUAACAUUAAUGCCCUUUCAGUGGCAAUAAGCUUUAGUUCUGUGUUUGUUUUGAUAACAUUGUUUAAGUUGAGAUUUACAAAAAGUAUUUAUUUAAUUUAACUGCUACUAUAUAAAAAUGCUGAUGUUAAGUGUCUGUUUGCACAACAAAUGUUAUGGCACUUUAGUUCAUAUGGCAGUACAUUUAAAAAAACAGUGUCAAGUUCUAGGAAUUGACAAACUGCACUGAAAGUGUUUUCUGGUGUCUCACUCUAACAGGGAUAUUUGGUACUAGACUGGUUAUGCUGUUCCCUGAAGAAAGUAAAAUGUUUCUGCUGUUACCACAGAAAUUGCCUGUUUUAAUGAUAUGAUUGUGGCUCAGGAUUUUGUGGCCAGUUUUUUUCGUUUUCAUAACGAAGAGGAUAACAUUAAUGCCCUUGCAGUGGCAAUGAGCUUUAAUUUUGUAUUUGCUUUGAUAACAUUGUUAAGUUGAGAUUUACACUGAAUAUUUUAUUUAACUGCUACUGUAUUAAAUGCUGAUGUUAAAAGUGUUUGCAGAACAAAUGUUAUGGCACUUUCGUUCAUAUGGCAGAACGUCGGAAAUAAA